AGGACAACGAGCUCCCCUGAGCCAAGUCACCUAGAGAAGAGAGACAACAUUAAACAGGAAAGAAGCUCAUUAGAACUGGUAUCCCAUAUGAGCGAGUUGUAUAGUACGCCAGAGUAAACAAGAAAUCGGGAGAGGAACUUUACAUCGGGCAUAGAAACGAAACCGGACGUCAACCAAUAUAAAAGAGGACGACAUUUUCCAAGGACUUAUAAUUCAUCAUGAUUACACUCGACACUCGUUCUGUGACCUCACCAGUUGGCAUUUUACGGAUAUUUGAGGUUGUGCUAUCAUGUAUUGUCUUCAGUCUGGUGGCCUCUGCAGGGUACAUCACCACAUCAUACUGGUCAUGGUGCAUGUUUACUUGGUGCUUCUGCUGCUUCAUGACUCUUUUCAUUCUUAUCCUGGAGUUUACUGGCCUUAAUGUAAAGGUGCCCAUCUCCUGGGAAGACUUCACUACUGCAUUUGCUAUGCUGGCUACACUAAUGAUACUGGCUGCCUCAGUUAUCUAUCCCACCUUCUUUGUUUGUUCAUCAUGUUCUCGAGGAAUUGCGGCAACUGUACUGUCCUGCCUGUGUUUUAUUGCAUACGUAAUUGAGGUAGGCCUUACACGGGCUAGACCUGGUGAAAUCAGUGGUUUCCUGUCGACUGUUCCAGGCCUGAUGAAGGUUCUUGAAGCUUUCGUUGCCUGCAUCAUCUUCAUCUCCCUUGACUCAGUCAAAGAGCCUGCCUUGCAGUGGUGUGUGGCAGUUUACUCAAUCUGCUUCAUUUUUGCUCUCCUCAUUAUCAUCCUCACGAUCUGUAAGCUGUUGGCUUUGUGUCCCUUUCCAUUUGACAAGGCCCUUACUGCUUAUAAUGUGCUUGCCGUUGUGAUGUACAUGACUGUAGUAGUAAUAUGGCCUCUUUACAGUUUCAAAAAUAACCAAAGGCCAUCACCCUGCAAUCACUGUGCCUGGGACAAACUAGUGGUUGUAUCUUUUAUGUCCUGUGUCAACCUAAUUGUCUAUAUUGUGGACACGUGCUACUCAGUCCGCCUUGUGUUCAUCACACCUGCAUAAAAGAAGACAUAAGAAAUGCUAUCUAUCUAUCUAUCUAUCUAUCUAUCUAUCUAUCUAUCUAUCUAUCUAUCUAUCUAUCUAUCUAUCUAUCUAUCUAUCUAUCUAUCAUUGUUCAAUAAUCAAUAUAUCUAUCAUUUCUAAUUUAAAAAAAGCUGGUAAAAGCUGUUUUUUCUUUUCAAACCUUCAAAAUACAUGCAAACGAAUUGUUAAACUAAAUUGUUUCACUUUCGUUAAUUUUUAAAUGCUAAUAUUUUGCUGAAGGUUGAACUGCAAUUUAUUAUGGUAUUAUGUUUUAUCAUUUGAUAAACUGCAAAAAAUCAAGCUAAUAUGGAACUGUUGUAUAUUGGUCUAUGGAUGUUUGUAUGUGUGUGAAUGUGUGUGUGUGUGUGCGUGUGUUUUAAGCUUUAUUUGUAUUUUUAAAUUCAAAUUUCUUCAAUGCCUAUAAAUGUUUGGAUGGUU